CAAUAUUGUCUAUGCUAGUCUAUGUCAACAGCAGAACAAUAAAGUGAACCAAAAUGUUCACUUUCGCGGACAGUGGCUAGUAAUUACGCCUGCUUAUGACAGACAUUCUGGAGAGACAGUUGAAGGUAUCCUGGAUGAAAAGCCAUUUUUUCCUUUCCGCUAUGAUUGACCCGCCCGUCAAAGUGGGUCUUAAUGAAGAACAUGUGUCUCCCUUUGACCUUGAAGAAAAUUUGUACUUCAAAGUGAGGAACCAACUAGAGGUCGUGAGAUCCUUUGAACAUGCUCGUAUCGACCGCCAGAGACAGCCCACUUCUUAACGAAAGAAGUGGCCAUCCCAUUGAUCAGAGCUAUUGCAGCAAAUACUUCCCAACGACAAGUGAACUAGGGAUCAGCUUUAUCGUUUCCGUCGCAUUCCAAGAGUUUGAACCUGUUAACAGAGCCAUAGACUCAAGUACAGCUUCACGUGUAUUGCGUCAUGUCAUAUGAACUUGCCGCCAUGAGAAGAAAAGUCCAUGUCGUGAACCUGAUCUGAUCCCCACAAACUUGUAUUACAGAUCAACGUUGGUAGCACCGGGUGACACACCUGGUGAAGUCAUUCACGAAUACAGGUCAAUCCGGAGCUGAGGAAGGUCUCCACCAUAGCUACUCGAAAGCAUUGUCGUUCGUAUUUCUGGUGUUGUCUAGAAUCUCAAACUCAGGUAAAUCUUCAAUACCACAUGCCAAAUUAUAACCGACUCCAC